AUGGCUGCUCCUAAUCAGAAUGCAGAUCCACGCAUGAAUACUAUCCUCACACCUGUUUUUAACAGGCCAAAUGCUGGCAUUGUUCCACCUGACCUUGGGAACAAUCAAUGGGAGCUCAAGUCCAAUAUUAUUCAGCUGGCUGAAAGAGAAAAAUAUGGAGGAGAGGAUGAUGAAGAUCCGCAUAAAUUUGUUGAUAGAUUUUUAAGAAUCUGUGAUUCCACAAAGCCUCCACAUGUUUCAGAUGAUGCCAUACGGUUGAGACUUUUUCCUUUUGCUGUUAAGGGAAAAGCUCUUGAUUGGAUGGAAAGACAACCUGCUGAAAGCAUCCUUACGUGGGAAAAUUUGUCUGAGAAAUUCUUUGCAGAAUUCUUUCCCAUGGAAAAAUACAAUAACAUGGUAAAUGAUAUCACAUCAUUUAAACAACAUCUGGGAGAGACCAUCUGUGCUUCUUGGAAUAGAUUUAAGGCUCUCAUGAGAAAGGUUCCUCAUUAUAACCUAUCUCAAGGCGAUCAGGUGCGGAUUUUCUUCAAUGGGUGUCUGCUUGAAACCAAAUUAGUUGUGAAUACUGCAGCAGGAGGUUCUUUGGGAGACAAACUAGCAUCUGAGUCAUAUCAGCUGAUUGACAAAUUGGCUAAGAAUGAGAAUGAGACAACCUCAAUGCUGGGAAAAAGAGGAGUGGUGCCAUUAAGAGAUCAUGAUGCAGUCUUGGCUGAGCAAAAAUUAUUGUCUCAGCAGAUGACUAAUUUGAAUACCAAAUUUGAGAGGAUGCAGCUUUCUAAAGUUCAAGCCAAUGCUGUUAAUGUUGAAUGUGAAUAUUGCCAUGAGAAUCAUGAUACUAAUGCUUGUCCAACACUGAUGUCUUCAUAUUCUUCUCAACAACUGCAAGUAAAUGGUGUUUGGUAUGAUCAACGUCCUAACCAGCAAAAUUACCAAAGAAGGAAUUAUCAAGGCACUGGUUUAGAUAUGAAAUCUGAUAAUUAUUUGAAGCCACCGCCUAUUCCACAAAGAGAGCCUUCUGAUUUGGAGCGGUUAGUUGGAUCUUUGGCACAAAGUACCAAUGCUUUCAUUGAGGAGAGUAGAGCUGAUGCCAGGAAUACCAAAGCUUCAAUUAAGAACCUGGAAAAUCAGAUUGGUUGUAUAGCUAUCACCACCAGAAGUGGUAAAGUGGUGGCAUCUCCCCCAGAGCCUAUCAUUGAGGUGGAGGAGGAUGAGAAAGUUGAAGAGGUAGAGAAAUCUGAAAAAGAAGCUGAGAGUUCUCCAAAAGUAGUGAAGCCUGUUGUUGCUGGUAAACAGAAAGACCAACCUGAUGUUUCAAAAGAAAAGUUUGAGCUUAGUGAGGAAUAUCUUAUGAAAAUGGCACCUUACCCUGGAAGGUUGAAGCCAGAGUUGAAAGCAAAAAGCUAUGACAGGUUUCUUGACAUUUUUAAGAAGUUGCAUGUGAACAUUCCAUUUGCUGAAGCAUUGGCUAGUAUGCCAAAUUAUGCAAAGUUUAUGAAGGACCUUCUCUCUAGAAAGCACAAGCUGCAAGAAUGUCAGACAGUUGCACUUACUGAAGAGUGCAGUGCCAUCAUUACUAGAAAGUUCCCUCCUAAGCUUCGUGAUCCUGGAAGCUUCAACAUUGAAAUUGAAAUUGGUGAAACAAAGAUUGGCAGGGCCUUAUGUGAUUUGGGGGCAAGCAUUAAUUUGAUGCCUUUAUCUGUCUGUAAAGCCUUAGGGAUUACUGAAUUGAAGCCUACUUUGGUUUCUCUUCAGCUUGCUGAUAGAUCCCUAAGGAAGCCCAGUGUUGAAAAUGAAAUGCCCCUUCUUUUGGGUAGGCCUUUCUUAGCCACAGCUCGUGCUAUGAUUGAUGUGGAGCAAGGGAAACUUGUGUGA